CAUCCAUUUGAAAGAAAGAUGUUCUCUCUCGCAGUAAAAGACCCUCUCGAGAAAGUUCCACAACAGAUACGUGCCUAACUCAGGCCACGUGUGUGGCUACUCCGGCAAUUUUCCGACGACCGGGUAAGGUGCUUUGGGAUGGUCUCGGACAAAGAAACACGAUCAAGGGUUAGAUCUCGAGCGCCAGGGGAUGCGGAAGAGGGCCGAGCUCAAAGCCGUUGUCGGAGCUCAGGCGGGCAUGGGAGCAGGUGAAGGAGCAGCUGAAACGUGGGAAGAACAAAUCUUAUGAGGUUGCUUUGAUGAAUAGUAAGUGUAGUACAGAUUAAAUAGUAAAAUAAUGAUUAAUGUGAUGAACAGUGCCUCGUGGGAAGAACCGAGGCACUGUAGCAAAGUUACAUAAAUUGGGAAGUAGCGAGGGAUGGAGUGAGGCUGAUGCAGGAGAGUUUCUUCUAUUUUGCUCUUUAUUCUAACUUUAAAGGAGAGGUAGCGAUUGAGAUGCGAAUGCCCUAACAGAAAGGGCGGGAUGUCAUGCGCCAACCUAGUCAGAAGACCACACACACCUCUGCUCUCACGCACAACUAUUCCCGGUCGUACAACUAUCCAUUUCUAUGAUCUCUACGUGAGUAUUCUUGGUCGCUGCAUUGAAUCAAAAUCACUCAAAGAAGCCAAGACAGUCCACCAACAUCUCCUAAAAAAUGGCAACAAUAACCCAAUUGUACUGGGCAAAUUAACUCGUCUUUACAUUUCAUUCAAUGAACUCGAAGUUGCUCGCCGGGUGUUCGACGAAAUUCCGAACCCAGAAAGGAAAAACAACGUAAUAUUGUGGAACCAACUGAUCAGGGCUUAUGCGUGGAAAGGACCCUUUGGUAGAGCCAUUGAUUUGUACUACGAAAUGGUCGAAUCUGGGGUAAUACCCAAUAAAUACACGUACCCAUUUGUGCUCAAAGCUUGUUCUGGUUUACAGGCCGUGGAAGAUGGCAAGAUGGUUCAUGAUCAGGCGAGGCGAAAUGGGUUGGUGUCUGAUGUGUAUAUAAGUACUUCUUUGGUUGAUUUUUAUGCCAAAUGUGGGUGUUUAGUUGAAGCGCGGAAGGUUUUUGAUAUUAUGCCUGAAAGAGAUGUUGUGGCGUGGAAUGCGAUGGUUGCGGGUUCGUCUCUUCAUGGGUUGUACGGUGACGCGAUGAGAUUGGUUGUUCAGAUGCAGGAAGAGGGGUUGUGCCCUAAUCCUUCUACAGUAGUAGCAGUUCUUCCUGCGAUUGGCGAAGUGAAUGGGUUGAGUGCGGGGAAAGCAGUCCACGGUUAUUGUCUGAGGAGGAGCUUUCAUAGUGAUUUAAUGGUGGCAACUGGGCUUUUGGACAUGUAUGGAAAGUGUGGUUGCCUAGUUUAUGCAAGUAGGAUUUUUGACCUAAUGGGUAUGAAAAAUGAGGUAACUUGGGGUGCUAUGAUUGGAGCAUAUGUGUCAUGUGAUUUUGCUAUCCGGUCAUUGGAAUUGUAUGACCAAAUGCUCAGGGAUGGUUUGUGUCUGUCACCAGUUAUACUUGGGACUAUACUGCGUGCUUGCUCAAAUAUGACUGAUCUGAGUAGAGGAAGACAGAUACAUGGUAGCAUAGUUAAGUCUGGGUAUUUGGUUGAUUUAAUGGUGGGUAACACACUGCUGUCAAUGUAUGCCAAGUGUGGGAUUAUAGAGGAUGCGGUGAGACUAUUUGGUGAAAUGGAAUCAAAAGAUUUGGUUUCCCACAAUGCUAUUAUCUCAGGGUGCGCACAGAAUGGUAAGGCGAAAGAGGCUCUGGUUACUUUCCAAGAGAUGAAGUUGUCUGGGUUAGAACCAGAUUCGACAACCUUGGUUAGCUUCUUGCCUGCUUGUUCGCAUUUGGCUGCUCUUCAACAUGGAGCUUGCGGCCACUGUUACUCAAUUGUUAGUGGUUUUUCAACGGAUACCUCAAUUUGUAAUGCGCUGAUCGACAUGUACUCCAAGUGUGGAAAGGUUGAUACAGCCCGACUAGUUUUUGAUAGGAUGCGUACAAGGGAUAUCGUUUCGUGGAAUGCUAUGAUUUUCGGUUAUGGCAUUCAUGGGCUAGGGAAGAAAGCAGUUUUGCUGUUCCAUGAUAUGGAGAUUGCAGGCUUACGCCCGGAUGAUGUGACCUUUAUUUGUCUCUUAUCUGCUUGUAGCCAUUCUGGGCUUGUCGAUGAAGGGAAAAAAUGUUUUUUUGCAAUGAGUCAAUAUUUCUACAUAACACCAAGGAUGGAACACUAUGUAUGCAUGGUCGAUCUUUUGGGCCGGGCCGGACUCUUGUACGAGGCCCUGGGAUUCAUUGAAAAGAUGCCAUGUGACCCUGAUUUUUGUGUAUGGAGUGCCUUGCUUGCUGCUUGUAGGACCCAUGGAAAUAUUGAACUAGGGGAAGAAGUGUCCAAUAAGAUCCAGAAAAUGGGACAUGAAAGUAGUGGAAAUUUUGUUAUCUUGUCCAAUAUGUACAGUGUUGCUGGGAGGUGGGAUGAUGCAGCACAUGUUAGAAUCAAGCAAAGGGAUCAGGGGUUCAAGAAAAGACCCGGAUGCAGUUGGGUGGAGAUAAACGGGGUUAUCCAUGCAUUUGUGGGUGGAGAUCAGUCACACCCUCGUUCAGCAGAAAUAUACAAUAAAUUAGCAGAUCUGCUAAUGGAGAUGAAGAGGUUGGGUUAUCAAUCGGAAUCUAGUUUUGUUUUCCAAGAUGUUGAAGAGGAGGAGAAGGAAAGCAUUCUCCUUUAUCAUAGUGAGAAGCUGGCUGUUACAUUUGGGAUUCUUACUCUGGGCUCUGACAAGCCUAUUCUUGUAACUAAGAAUUUGAGAAUUUGUGGAGACUGCCAUGAAGCCCUAAAGUAUAUCACGAUCAUUACGAGGAGAAAAAUAACUGUGAGAGAUGCCAGUCGAUUUCAUCAUUUCAAGGAUGGAAUUUGCAACUGUGGAGAUUUCUGGUGAAAAGAGAAGGGAGUUGAAAUCACACGAUUCAAUGGUUCUUGUUGUGCAAUGGAUGUGCUCUGUCUCUCCUGGGAGCUUUACGGUUGCAGCAUGAGGAAGUCUUUAAAUUCAUGAAAGGGCAUCUCUUUAAGUAAGCUCAGAAUAACACUUCAUGUCAGCAUAGAAGAAUAAGGGGAACAAAGAACCAACAAAAAGAUGCUAUUCUGAGUGAGUGACAUUCAAACAAGGAAUAAAACCUA